CCGCCUCCCCCGCCGUCGCGUGGGCGUCGCGCCGCUCAAAAGGACUCGGCCGCCGGCGGACGCUGCGAAUCCUGAUCCUGGCGUCGAUUCCGCAGGAUUCGCGCGUCUCGCGGCCACGUCCUCGCGUCGUUUCAAUCCUAUAUACGUUCCGGUAGAGGGGAAACCGUAACGGCGACGGCCACGGACGGACGGACCUCCGCAACAGAGCGCCGACAUCAGUUUCGAACGCGCGUCGCCGAACGACGACGACGACUACCACGACAGUUUUUUCCGACGCUCGGCGCGUUUCAGUUUCGACGGCGAUCUCCGCGUUUUUUGGCGCCAAUUCUUAACUUUUCGCCUUUUUGAGGUUUAGUGGGUUUUUUUGUUUUUUUUUCUGUUUUUUGGAGGAGUUGCGAGAUUCUUGCUGGACUUAAAGAUUGGUUUAUUUUUCUUUCUCAGAGAUUUCUGCGAAUUUUCUAUAUUGGGAAUAUCUUCGAGUACGAGGAGCUGUAAAAUUGACUUGCAAAUAUGAAGCAAUCGAAUAAACACCUGUACACGUGCAUUUUAUUCGUCCUUAUAGCACAAAUAGCAACAGUAUAUGGAUCAGGAAUGGCUCCAUUUCCACAAGGAAAACGACAGCACUGUUCUAACGAAGGCGCAAUAGUUCCCUUAAAUUUUAUGGAGUCAGCAACUUGUUAUUCUUGUACAUGUAAGAAUGGUUACGUUGAGUGCAACAACAACUGUCCUAAAAUAGAUGAAUGUCAAAUGAUUGUAGAUGGUAACGCUUGCUGUAAAAUUUGCAAAGGUUGUAGUUUCAAUGGGACUUAUUAUGACAGCCACACAGAAUGGACAGAUCCAUCUGAUCCUUGUACAGUGAAGAGAUGCGAGGGUGGUAUCCUUACCAUUUCGAAGUUGCAUUGUCACACGCCUUGUGCGAAUCCUUUGCCACCGGAGCCGGGAAAAUGUUGUCCGACGUGUUCAGAAUGUCGAAUAAAUGGGCAAAAGGCGGCAGAGGAUAGAGACGUCAUACCUGACGACGAUCCAUGUUUAAAAUGUCGUUGUAACAGUGGAAAAUUAAUAUGUACAAAGAAAGCUUGCCCCGUACUUCAGUGCCAUCCUCGUUAUCAAUAUCAUUCGCCAGGAGAAUGCUGUCCCAAAUGUAACGGCACUAGAUCUUAUAUGGAAAUACAGGACAGAUGUCUUAUCCAGAAUAAUGUAAUAAGGGAAACCGAAAGGAUCACAUUGGAUAGAUGUACCGACUGUGAAUGUCUUAACACUACUAACGUCUGUCGUCGAAUAUCCUGUCCAAUUUUGGAUUGCGCGCCAGAAGAACAGAAACUUUUUUCAACGCAGUGCUGCCCAAUGUGCAUUAAGUUGGCAAACGAUACGAUUGUCUCCAAGUGUCAUUAUCGGGGGAAAGACUAUGAGGAUGGCGAGGAAUGGCCUUUGGAUAUUUGCAGCUCUUGUAAAUGCUACGAUGGAAAAAUCAGUUGUGCCAGAACUAGAUGCAACACUACAUGUGCGGCGGGUUUGAAGAAAAUAAAACAUCCACUCGAAUGUUGUCCUAAAUGCGUUGAAGCUGACGGUGUUUGUAUGGCAUUCGGCGACCCCCACUACAAAUCUUUCGACGGAAAAAUCUACACUUUCAAGGGCAUAGGCAAAUAUCAGCUGACCAAGGACUGUGAGGGCGACUCCUUCUCGGUCAAGGUUGCCAACUUGCUGGCCGACAAAUCGACAACGACCAAAAGGGUGGCGAUAAAUUUCGGCGACUCUCGCCUGAAUUUGCAGCAGCGGGGCCGCGUCAAGUAUAACGGCAAAAAGAUCUCGUUUCCAUUCAGGAAAGAGGGCAGAUUCAGAGUGACCAAGGUGCGCGACGUGGUCGAGGUUGUGCUGCAGAACGACGUCAGGUUCUUGUGGAACGGGCACGGGUUCCUGGAAAUUACGGUGCCACCCACUUACAAGAACAAGUUGUGUGGGUUGUGUGGGAAUUUCAAUGGGAACGUGCAGGAUGACUUGAAGACCAAGCUGGGGCAGGUGGUGGGCGAUAAGGAUUUGUUGCAUUUUGGAACGUCGUGGUGUAUCGGUAAUAAAACGGAAUGUGCGAAAAAAAUCAAACCGAGUAAAGCUACCUGUUCAAAAUAUCGCGUGGAUUUACAUCCUUGCCGAUAUGUGACUAGCGAUAUAUUUUCGUCUUGUUCAUCGAAGUUGAGCUACAGCAAAUAUUAUAAGGCUUGUAGAAUGGACAUGUGUCAUUGUCCAAACGAGAAGUGCUAUUGCGAUAGUUUGAUGGCGUACGCAAGGGAGUGCGAGAGACUGGGCGUUAAACUUUCCAAUUGGCAGAAGGAAAGUGGUUGUGACCCUCACCAUUCACGACGUAUCACCAAUCACCAAAGGAAAAAACACCAAAAGGUUUUCAAUCCAAAAUCAUUUUCCAGAAGUCGGAUACCAGAUAUUAGACAGAAAUCACUACGAAGUCCUAUUCCUAUUAGUAAGUGAAAAGGCAAGAUGUCAAAAUUUAAACAAUGUGACUUUUUGAAACUAAAUGACCCCUUCAGAUCUUUACUAGAAAUUGUUCAUUUAAAUAAAAGAUAACCUAGUAGUAUUGAAUUUAAACAAGCUUUAAUAAAAAAAAACUAGAUAUAUAUGUAUAAAUUUUAUGUUAAGCUUAUUUUGUUCAUUUUUUGUGCUAUUUCUGAAUCUACUUAAGGGUAUGAAUUUGAGAUCUGAUUGGUUAAAAUGACUUUUUUGAGUUAAGUUUUCUUUUGAUUAAGUUCUCUUUUCUUUAAAUGAUAUAGUUUGUAUAGGAUCCUGUUUGAUUGGUUCCUACUAUUUAAAUUUUGGCUACCUUAUGUAGACUGCUAGUCACUUUCAGUAUUUAAAUUAUCGCCUACAUAGAAUUCCGCACAGAAGUGUGUUAUGUAAUCUCAAGAAAAGAAUGUAUAUAUUUUUAAACAGCAUAUUUAAGUUAAGUAACUUUCUGAUUCUUUACUUUUUAAUUCCUUAACUUAUUCCAAUACGAUGACCAGAAGAUCUGAGAAUUGAAUCGAAAAUAUCCUGAAAACAGUCCACUAGAUUUUAUGUUUAACUUUACUAUAUUUUUAUUGUGAAUUUCAUUCAAAUACUCAUACAUUAGAUAUUAGGCCAGUCUAGUAAAUUUUUAAUUUUAAGCAUCACUGAAUUAUAAUGACCACCAAUAUAACAAAAACUACUAUGUAUUAUAAUUUCAAGCGUUUCACAUAAAGUGGUUGCUGGUUCGUAUUUGUUCUGUGUAGGAAUAGAUAAGCAUAUUGUACAUAUACUUAUAAAAUGUUGACUUUUCAAGAGUAUUCAAAUAUUGAAUUUUCCAUAAUGUUCGAGAAUUAAAAAAAUAUAGACGUUAUAACUGAUAUACUAUGAAAAUUUAAUAUUAAAUUAUUUGUAUAUACGAGUUGUACUGUUAUUAGAAUCUUGGAAUAAGGAAAUUUGAUUAUUUUUUAAAUAUUUCAAAAAAUAUAAAUGAAAAAACUAAAGUAAAUUUAUUAUGAGAUAAGGCGGAUUUUCUUCUAUAUUUAUGUAAAUUGUGUCAAAUUUUCUAUAAAUAAUUAGUAAUAUAUUGAUAUUUAU